AUAUUGUCAAACAAUAUAAACAUUGACCAAUUUUAUUUUGUUACUUAUUUACUUUAUAACAACACUGUCGUUUUAAUAAAUACUAUUUUUAGACUAGAAAAUCUGUUACCAUUAUGUGUUGUUGACGAAGGGAGCAUUAGAUUAGCAUAUUUACAAAUUGCGAUAAGUAUUUUGCAUCGAAUAAAAAUGUAUAACCCUGAUAUGAAUGACUAUCAGCUAACUUCCAUAAUAACAGAGUGCUGCGGAGGUGUCGCGGUUGUUUACUCAGCGCUUUACAAGCCCAACAAUCAAAAUGUCGCUAUCAAAAGAUAUUUUGUUGACAAAACGAAGGAAAACGCUAGUUUGAUACAGCAAGACAUUCUAACAAGAAAGGAACUCAACCAUGCGAACAUACUACCAUACCUGACGUCCUUCGUCCACGGACGGGAGCUGUACGUGGUGUCUCCCCUCAUGACGUUUGGGUCCUGCCGGGAUAUCCUCGACCGAUACUUCCAGGAGGGUCUCCCGGAGCUGGCCUGUGCUAUUGUGUUGAGGGACACGCUUCAGGCUUUACAGUAUUUGCACAAACAGUUGUAUAUUCAUAGGAGUGUUCGCGCUAGCCACGUACUGAUCGGAGCGAAUGGCGGCGUGAGACUGUCGGGUCUGCGCAGCGCCGCGUCGCUGAUGGUGCGCGGGCGCAGGCAGAGGCACCUGCACCAGCUGCCGCCGCCCGACUCCGAUAACACUAACCUUAUGUGGCUCAGUCCUGAGCUGUUGGAACAGAAUCUAAAAGGCUACGACGAGAAAUCAGACAUCUACUCUCUAGGCGUCCUAUGCUGCGAGCUGGGUAACGGCGCGGUGCCGUUCGCGGAGGUGCCCACCACGCUGAUGUUCACGGAGAAGGUGCGGGGUAGUAGACCGCAGCUGCUGGACUGCAGCACCUUCCCGGAGCCCUGUCUCGAUGAUACUGAGAUGAAGAGCAUGUACAACGGCGACAGCGGCGUGGGCGACAGCGCGGACGCGGUGUCGCGGCUGCGGCAGGUGUACGCGGGCCGCAAGCUGUCCGACACCUUCCACCAUCUCAGCGAGAUGGCGCUGCAGAGGGACCCUGACAAGCGGCCAUCGGCGACGCAGUUGUUGAACCACCCGUUCUUCAAACAGAUCAGAAAGACAGACUACCUGCCCGGCCUCAUCGGACGAGUCAAACCUAUUAAACCUGAUCUUAAUGACAUGUCAGCUCUCCUCCUACAAGAGAAGUUAUCCGAAAUGGAGAUUGAGAAGCAAACCGAAUGGGACUUCUAGCGUCACCGACACAUCUCUAACCUCAUGCGAGUGUCGCUGGUCCUAUUGUGCGGAGUUGGUUUCAUCUGAAUCUUAAUACAUUAGUUCUUAUUUAUUUGUAAAAUUCUGGUUAUUAUUUUUACUUAUGAUAUAGUGGUGCGUUUAGAUUUGGUGAAUGCAUCGGUCGAAGUUAGCCAUUUAAAACCUCGCGUAUGUGCAAUAACGGAUCGUUUUGAUCUCACUUGUAGGUAACUUCGGAUUGGCAAAGUAAUUUGAUGAAAACUUAGCGUGUGUUCAUGUUUGAGUUAUGAGCCGUAGGCGUUGUAUUCACUAAGUCUAAACGCACCGCACCACAAUAUGUUAAAUGUUUCUCGUUGUAUGCUAAGUUUUAUAAAUGCAAAUUUAAUCAUUUAAAAUUUGAAUCCACUUACCUUUGUCUUUUUAUCACAUUUUUUCGGUGUUACGUGUUUUUACUAUAAAAUAAUUUCCUAAUUAGCUAUUAAUUAAAUUCUUAUAUAAUUAUAAUGUUAUUACUCUUGUCGAUUUUCUUGUAAGUGCUGACAAAAUGUAAGGUUUCUUUAUUCUGUGUUCAGAUGCAAAACUAAAGUUCGUAGUGCAACAAUAUGGAUUCCAUUUGAACCAUUCGGAUAUCAAAACAAGUCUUCCCGAAAACAGCAUACAAACUAAAAACAAAAUAGAUUAAAUUUAGCUAAAAUUAAUAUUUAUAUAAUAUAUCGUAUUAUAUUUACAAAUAAUAUCAAACUGCCAUCGUAAUUGCAAUAAUGUUUAAAGAUGACUUUAUAUUUUUACAACUGACCGUUAAAAUAUGUUGUAGUCAAUGACGCUAGGAAGUUUUCAUUCGAACACUUAAAUAUAUCAGGAAUUAUAUCUAUGACUAUCAAUUAUAUAACUAUAUUCAUUCUAAAUAUAUACGCUUUAUAUGCACCGUUGCCAUUGACUAAAGAAACUUAGAACUCCAAAUAAUGUCAGCAGCAUAGAUUUUAAGACAUAUUAAUCUUUGGACGCUACAGAAAUUUAGAUUGGACGAAUUAUGCAUUUA